GCCAUUUGUUUGAUUUGUAAUGAAUGUUAUUCUUCGACGCUCUCUGAGUCUGAUCCAGAUGAAUACUGAGACUCAGAGAAAUCUAUCACAGCGCCUCUCCGCUCGGCUUUCCCACCGCAUACGGCGGCAGCCCCACCAAACAAGCCGCCCUCCGGCAAAGCAGAGGAAGAAUUAAUGGCGUUUCUGUUGAGGUGAUUCUUACAUGCCUGCGGCCAGACGAUGAUGGUUCCUAGUUUUUCUGCCAUGGGAAAGUGAGAAAUUCAACAAUCGAAAGGUAGACUGCAGCAUAUACACUUGAGAUAGAGUAAGGAUGAAUAUGAUUAAGAAAAUAGUUACAGAAAGUAGGCAUGGAAGUCAUAACAACAGCAACGAUGAAGCUGAUUUCGCUAAAGGGCAACUUUCUCUGGUUAUAAUUGGAGGAGAUGGAGGGAGAGUAGAGCAUGAACCUGCUAAGUCAUUGAAGAGCUUGUUAGAGAAUCUCAGUUUGAAAUCUGAUAGCAAUGGUCAAACCAAUGAAGACUACUGGACUGAUUCUUUUGAGAAUGUAGGAAGUAGUAGUGCUUCACUGAUAGCUAGAAAGGAUAGGACAGGUGAUAAAUAUAGAAAUGGAAAUGGAGAAGGAAACUCUGAAAAUGAAUGGAAGAUGCUAUUGACUUCUUACAGAGGGGAGAGCAGCCUUGGGUCUCUAAGUAAUGUUCGAGAUGUUGAGAGUAGUGUGAUUGUAGAAAAAGGACUAAGUGAACAGACUUCCACUGAAAUUGAAGAAGAGGGAUCCAGCAGACGAAAGCGUUUGGCUAGAAUGGAUGGCAGUACUAAUUUUGAAGUUGCAGACAGUGUUUUGCUAGCUGCUAUCAAGAACAAGGUCGAGCUCAGCUCUGCAAGGUCCACUGACUGUUGUAUAUACAGGAUUCCUAACACACUUCGCAAAACCAAUGAGAAGGCCUACGUGCCUGAGAUAAUCUCCAUUGGCCCAUUUCACCGAUGCAAGGAAAACCUGGGAGCCAUGGAAGAGCAUAAACAGUGGUAUCUGAAAGCACUUCUCUCCCGUACAACAGACCCUGAUAAAAUCUUGGACGACUGCAUCAAAGCCAUGAGAGCAUUAGAAGCAAAUGCUCGGAAGUGCUACUCUGAACCCAUUGACUACCUCAGCAGUGAUGAAUUUGUGGAAAUGAUGUUGGUGGACGGUUGUUUCAUGAUCGAGCUGUUUUUCAGAUAUUCAGAGCAACAUUUGGAAGAGCAGGAGUGCUUGAUGAAAAAGAAUGAAGUAAAAUUGGAUCAGAAGGACCCAAUAUUCAGUUCUGAAAGGAUGCUCCCUACAAUACUCAGAGACAUGUUAUUACUUGAAAAUCAACUUCCCUUCUUUGUUCUUGAGUGGUUAUUCGACAUAAUCAUUGCUCCUGUCAAACAAAAAUCAGUCUCAUCCCUUAACCAACUUGUAUUCAAUUUCUUUGCUAAUGUGCUGCCAAUGGGUGGAAUGAAGUCCAAAGAUAGGACCCAUCUAAAAGGUGAGCAUCUGCUCCACUUAUUACGCAGAGGUAUUCUGCCCUCAUCAGCAAUGAGAAAGCCAAGGGACAUUCAGGAACCAGAGAUAACUCAUUGUGUAACAGAACUCAGAGAAGCUGGAGUCAAGUUCAAGAAGAAGGACAAGGCUGAUAGCUUCAUGGACAUAACCUUUAGUAAUGGAGUAGUAGAAAUUCCUAAUUUGAACGUUCAGGACUACACAAAUUGCCUUUUCAGAAACUUGAUUGCAUUCGAGCAGUGUUACCAUAGCUGCACCAGUCGGAUCACUUCUUAUGCGUAUCUCAUGGAUAGCCUCAUAGACACUCCUGAGGAUGUUCAGUAUCUAAAACGAAGAAGAAUCAUCACGCAUCUCAUGGGCAACCAUGAAGAAGUAUCCUUUCUCUUCAACAAUCUCUGCAAUGGCGUUUACCUCAACCACUUCUACUAUGUAGAUCUCUGUGAACAAGUUAAUGCCCAUUUCAGAAGCCGAUGGCAUACCUGGAGAGCAUCCCUGAUGCGUGACUACUUUAAAAAUCCUUGGGCAGUUCUUUCAUUCACUGCUGCAAUUCUGCUGCUUGCUCUUACUUUUAUAGGUGCUUUGUUCUCUACCCUUUCUUUCUGUCUCCAUCACUCAUGAUGUGUAAUGUCAUUGGUUUCCUUAAUUUCCUCUCCUUUAUUAUUAUUUUUUUUUUUGCUUUUCCUUUGAUUUUUAUUUUAUUUGGGGAGAGGGGAUGAUCGAUGUAUCACAUUCAUUUAUAUAUCAUGGUUAGCUCAUUCUUAAAAUGUUAAAUGUUAUGUUAGA